GAGCCGUGAGCCGCUGAUCAGCCCCGUCACCAUCACCGCGGACUGGAUGGAGCGGCCAAGUGUGAGGAUGCGGAUCACAAAGUGAGCUCCCACCGGCGCACCUGCACGUGGCGUGGAGGACUGCCUCCUUUUCCUCCACUCGACCCCCCCAGCAGCGGCACAUCCACUGUCAGAGCACAGGGAACGGAACCAUGAGCUCCUCUUUCCCCAAAAGCGAAUCCACCGUUUCCCUCCUGAGGUCUUCGGGUCUCAACCGCAGGUCCGCGCACUCGGAUCACGGUCCCCACGGCCACCCGAGCCACCGCACCCCCCAUCAUCCCCAUCAUCAUCCUCAUCAUCCAGAAGAAGCCGGAGGCAGAGAUGGGGUCUCCCACACCGGUUCACGCAGACCUCUGUUUCAGCCAAGACACGCCGAGUCCAGAAGCGACCACCGCGCACAGAGGAGCGCGUCUCAGCGGCAAGCGAGCCUCCAGGAGGAUGUUUACGGCCACGAGGAGGGGAGACACCGCACGAGCCGGCAUCAGAAGGAGCGCACUAAGUCCUCCAAACACCCCCAUCACCAGCACGACUCUGGGCGCACUGAGCCUCCCCCGGCGCACCACCGAAGCGGCUCCCGGGUGGAGACGCGGACCUCACCGACUCCUUCUCAGCCCAAAUAUCCGGACGACGCCGCGUUCUUCUUCGAGCCUAAGGACAGAGUCAUGUCCGGGUCCUCCACCAGCCUCAGCUCCGAACCUUCUGCCACCAGCGCACCUGUCCAGGGCGCAUCCAGACGCACAGCCAAAAGGAUGAACGCAACCACCUCCGAACAUGACGCGUCUCUUCACCCCAUAGUCAAGUCAGUGUUUGGGCAGGACCAAAAGAAGAACUACAAAGCAGUGCAGUCCUGUGAGGAGGGGGGCUCUGGGGGGGCCUAUCUUGAGCCACUAGUGGCCCUGGCCCAGAAUGGAGCCAACAUGCACAACGUACUGGGGCCUGCAUGCAUCUUCCUACGCAAGGGCUUCGCAGAGAGCCGGCAGGCUGACCGAGAGUUGAGACCAGAAGAAAUGGAUGAGUUGCGUGAAGCAUUUAAGGAGUUUGACAAAGACAAAGAUGGAUUUAUUGGAUGCAAAGACCUAGGAAACUGCAUGAGAACGAUGGGCUACAUGCCAACAGAGAUGGAGCUCAUUGAAUUGAGUCAGCAGAUCAACAUGAACUUGGGAGGACACGUGGAUUUUGAGGACUUUGUUGAACUGAUGGGCCCCAAACUUCUGGCUGAAACUGCAGAUAUGAUUGGAGUCAAGGAGCUGAGAGAUGCAUUUAAAGAGUUCGACACUAACGGUGAUGGCCAGAUCAGCACAGCAGAACUUCGAGAAGCAAUGAAAAAACUUCUAGGACAACAGGUUGGUCACAGGGAUCUGGAGGACAUCCUACGAGACAUUGACCUCAAUGGAGAUGGACAUGUAGACUUUGAAGAAUUUGUACGGAUGAUGUCACGAUGAAUCCCUGUUCUAAUCUUAAAAGGACGGUUCAUUUGAGGGGGAUGAAAGAGGAAAGCGUCUGUAACUGACUGAUCAGGGGCAUCUGAACUAUCAGUAAAUCAGAAUAAACAUAUCAUAUACCAGCCCUGACACUGCCUUUCUGAAGCACAAAGGCUGAAGGCUGCUUCCACGACUAACACUGUCAUAUGCUGCUGGAGCUGCUGUUUUUUAACACAAUUAAAUAACUGCUGAUUUUUGAACUGGAUCUAUAUUUUCAAAGUAUAUCCAAUAAUGACAACAUUUUGAAUGGUUUUUGACCCAUGGGUUUUGGUAAAGGGUAUCGUGUGUUACAGUGUAUUUUGCUCAAAUAGUAUUUUGUGUCAUUACUGCAGCACUGUACAACAAGACAAUUUACAACAGUAUGAUGCAAAACUCCCACAAAUAUACAUAACUUUAUUAAAAUGAGGACAUUUUCAAUAAGUACAGUAUGGCAAUAUGGACAUAUCUAAUAUGUGUGUUUGUGAUCUGUGCAUACUGUUGUUUCUCUACACCUUGUGUUGUAGAUUUAACUUGUCCUCUUAAUCUAUUGGUUGAAGAAGCCAAUAUUUGCUUUGUAAUUAUAUGUAAUGUAGCAUUGAUGCAUUCUUCUGACAUGUCUAUCUUACUGUGCUUUAUAUGUAUUUUUCAAUGUAGUUCUCAUAGAUAAUUUUAUUUUAAAAAAUAUUGAAGAAAAAAAAUGUCAUUUAGGUGUGACAGGCCUUGUGUGGAUGGCCUUUUAGCAUGUUUAAUAUUGAUAAUAUUCAGAAUACAUUAACUUAACAAGUUUGGCAGAUCAUGUACAACCAACACAAUGGAAGGUGAUAAACAGAGUUUGCAAUUCUGACGAUAGUUUAGCCUUUCUAACUGUGCUCGGUAACUAGAUUUCUUUAAGUCUACUGAGAUGUUGUUUGCAAGUUAUUCACCCAUUAACAUCUCAUCAAAAAUCUUUGUAAAGAAGUAACAUCUUUAUGAAAAAGCCAAAGAAAGUUUUUUAAAACAUCAUUUAAGUCUUAUUCAGUGUUACUCAGUGUAUAAUGGUGUUUUUUCUUCUUUUUUUAAAGCAAUAAGAACAACUGGAUUACCUUUUUUCAGCGAAAUAAGUGAUUGACUGUUUAUGACUGGACAUGUAUGUGUAUGCUAUAAAGAUAAGAUAUUCUUAUAGCCCAAAGGGAAUUCUUACUUUGUCAUUUUAUUUCACUUGUCAUAUGUGUAUGAAAUUAUACAUGCAAGAAAGAACUGCAGUUUGUAGCAAACAGAAGAAAAAUAAAGAUUUUCAAUGGACCUGGAAUGCAA